AUGUCAUCGCGAAGCAAGCCGGAGCGCUCCACACCCGUGUCGCAGGGCGCCGUCCGCAUGGCUCCCUACGAGUACCGUGCGCCCAGCCCGCCCAACAUCCUCGUCCCCAUCCCCCAACAGCAGCAGCAGACUUUGCGUGACGAUAGGCACGAGUCCGCCGCCGAGCUGGUGCCGUCGUUCGAGCACGUCGACCCGACGCAGCUCUCGGGCCGCGACCUUGAAAUCAUCACCCGCGGCAAAAUCCAAACGGCUAGCGACUGCGUUGGCUCCUGGCACUACGCGCUGCGCCGACAAGCUCAGCCCAUCCUUGAUUUUCUCUACCUCGGCCCCACGAGCGUCGUCCGUGAUCACGACUUCCUGGCGCGUGAGGCCAUCACCAUGGUGCUCGCCGCCCGUGACGCUCGCAUGGGGGCUGCCAAGCUCGUCAGUGUCGAAACGGCCGCGUCUGCCCUGGGCAUCGUCGGUCAGUACAUCGACAUUGACGGCACACACGGCAUGAUCCGCGCCUACCCCCAGGCUGUCCGUCUCAUCAACGACCACAUGCUAGCUGUCCACAACACCCAGGCUCUCGGGAGCAACGGCCUACUCACCAACCGUCACGGCAAGGUCCUGGUGGUGUGCGAGUCGGGCAACGAGCGCUCCGCCGCCAUCGUGGCUGCCUACAUCAUGGCCAUGUUUGGCAAGAGCCUCGUCCCCACCAUUCAGUUUACAAACAUGCAGCGCUUCUGCUGCAGCUUCGAGGCGGAUGUCAAGCGCUCCCUGCUAGCCUGGGAGGAUAUCUUGCUGGCCCGCCGCGUCGUCGCCUGGGGGUCAGGGGGGCCAGAAACCCAACAGCAGCAGCAGCAGCAGCGGAAUCACCCGGGAGAAAUUGACAUGGAAUGGGAGACUUCGACGCCAUCUGUAGCCUCGGGCAUGGGCCUUGGCACGAGGACCAAGCGUGGAGUCGACGACAUGCUGGACCCGAUGGGCGACGGCCGAAGCGGGGCGACUGGCGAGCAAGGAAACCCCGUCAACGACCUGGACAGGUUCGUCGACCGAGACGCUUUUGUGCCCUUUAGGGAUGUGGAAUCGAGAUGGGGAUGA